AAGAUUUGGGUUUACCGACCUCCCGGCGCGUCACGUCACGGACGAUGUGUCAUUCGACACAGAUCGCAUGUUGAUCACGAAGCUACUACGAUUACGCAUCGUUUAAAGUUUUAUUUUUUAACAAUGCAGCUGUAAGCAUAUUUCGUCAGAUUUAACGGAUAGUGUUCUGGAAGAAGUAUGUCCUUGUACGCCGUUAUUCCACCUGUCCUCUGUAUUAUUUUCUCAGCCUGGCAGGUGGGCGCAGAUGAGGACUGUUUGUGGUAUGUGGACAAAAAUGGUACCUGGCACAAUGGUUUUGACUGCCCACUCAUAACGUUCUGCUGUGGGAACUGUCAUCACCGUUACUGCUGCCUGGAUGGCUUCAAGAUGAUCACAGAGGCAGGACAGAAACGCUGCAUGCUGUUCCAUCUCAGCCCCUCCACUAUAGCUGGCAUUGCUUCAUCCAUCCUGCUUUUUGUGGCUGCCAUAGCAACCAUGGUCUGUUGCUUCAUGUGUUCUUGCUGUUAUCUGUACCAGCGUCGACAGCAACUUGGUCGAACACCUUAUGAAGCUCAGCACAUUCCUAUGGCAAGUUAUCCUGUGGAGCCCAUGUAUGAUGCUUAUGGUAAACCUGUUGGACAUCCUGAUUACCAUGGUUAUCCAAUGGCGCCGCAGUAUCCUGGUGUCCCUCAGCAGUAUCCCAUGAUGCCCCAGGGUCCUUAUCCUCCUGAUGCAGGAUACAGCCAAGCAGCUCCUCCACCAUACUCCCCUUCCCAGUACCCAGGGCACUGAGAAAGCUCUCUAAGCAGUGAAGGAUAUCCCAUAAAGUGGCUCCAUGGGUGCCACUGACUUUUCUGAAUCCCUAGUAUGAGAAGCACUUUUAAAUUGAUUUGUGUUUUUAUUUUUUUGUGAAGUAAAGCAUGAACUGAACCUGGAUUGCCUCACAUUGGAGUGUUUCCUUGUUUGAUGUACAGCUUUCACAUAUCUCCAACUUAAUUAAAGCUACUCACAGACUCAAAAGACAUUAAACAGACUGGAUCGCUUUGCUGUAUGUGCCAUUAUGUUUUUUCAUACUCCCGAAAUGGAAAGUAAAGAAUGAUUUUUUUCACUGAAGAUGACCUGAAAUAUACAGAAGACACAAGAGGUUGGCAGUUUUGACUUGUUAUCUGUUUAACCAAAUAAGAGAUCGUAUUAAACUGUAAAUGAAAUAUUAUGUAAAUAAGAGAUAACUUAUAAAAAGAAAGAUUUUCAGUUUCCACAGUAAACCAGCCAAAACUUUAUGAUGUUCUUUAUGCGGCAUUUGCAGUAUGAACUGUCCGGAGUUACGUUUGUAUCUUGCCUUUAGAUUAUACAUUUUAGGCUUUACAUUAUGAAUGGUGGCAAUGAAGGUCAUUCUGUAAGAUGUAAUGUUAACCCCACUUUGUUUAGCAUGUCUUUAAAGAUAUCUGAUACCAACCAAGCCAGCUAUGAAGGAAACCAGAGGAAUGUUUGCAUUCUGUAUUUCUUUUUUAUUAUUAUUUUAUGAUAACUUUCUUUAUAGGCCUCUCAGAGACAGAUUUGUAACGUUUAUGACUCAUUAAAAGGGUGAAUUGAAUGAUUGUUUUUAAUAUUAAAACAUUUGUCAGAUUUUAAUUUAGAAAUUAUUUCUACUACCUCCUCAUCUCAUACCAGUAAAAUUAGUUGUGAUGGUUUGUUGAAGAACAUGUACGCUAUUUAAAUUAAUUGUAUAGUAAACAGAGUUGUUUUGCUAUGUACAGCAUAUGCUAAUGUAUUUGUCAGUUCGGAAUGUGAAGUGCAAAUAAGAAAAAGAUCAAAGAUACAUUUUUACAAUGGUGAAAAGUAACAAUUAUUUUAAACUUGGAAUAAACAUAAACAAUGCUAGUGUUUGCACUAAUUUUGCCAUGAGAGAGGUCUAAUUGAUAAUCCUGGAUGAGAAGUGUUGCGUAAUUCACUUUUUACAAUAAAAAAGACUUGACUUUUA